AUUGUCAAAACUUAUCUGCCUGAAGUUCAUUGUUAUGGAAAUGAUACACAGGCUUACAUUUCGUUUAGUCCUGAUCUGAAGUCAGAUCCGUUUUCAGCCAUAAAGAGCAUGGAAAAUUACAUAUUGGAUAUUCGUUUGUGGAUGCUGAAUGACUAUCUUCUGUUGAAUGAUGACAAAACUGAAUUUCUUGUUAUUGGCACACCACAACAGCUGGGAAAGAUUAACAUCAUGAGUAUCCUAAUGGGUAACUCUGACAUUCAUCCCGUUCCCACUUCAAAGAACUUGCGUCAUCUUUGUGUGGCACCAGCAGCCUCUCUGCAGAAACCCCGGCAAGGCAUGUAA